AUGGUAUCAGCACACAGUAAACGAAACACCUCCCGUCCAGUCUUCACCUCUCACGAACGCGCCCUCGCUAAAUCCCACUGGUCGUCAUCGUCCGCUCGCCUUCACCGCGAUUCAUUCCUCCCGUUUGGCUCAUGUGGCCUGUGUCUAAACAUUGCCCGCGAACCCGUCUCAUGUCGACGCGGCGAUAUAUUCUGCCGCGAAUGCGCACUAUCCAACAUACUCACGCAGAAGAAGGAAAUCAAACGCGCCCACAAGGCACGCGCCGCUGCUGAGGAAGAGGCCGCUAAGCAGAAAGCGCACGAGGAUGAGCUGGAUCGCGAGCGCGCCAUCCAAGACUUUGAGUUGACGCAGGCUGGUCUCGAUCGCAAGAAUAAGCCAAAGAUAGCCAAGACCGAAGAUGAAAAGGUGGAUGCGACAAUCAGCGAUUCGAACUCGCAGGCUUUGGUAGUAGGAGGUACGAAGCGUAAGUUUGAACUCGACAAGGAUGAACUGGAUCGCAUUGCGCUCGAGGACAGGGCCAAAGCCAGGAAAGCGCUGGAAGAGGAAAAGCACCCUAUUGUACAGGCUGCGAAACCUCACCUCCCAUCAUUCUGGACUCCAUCGCUUACACCAGACGCCCAAUCCAGCAAACUCCCACCAGUUGCGAAGAAAGACAAGACCGCACCAACAUGUCCAGCAUCUGCACCCGACAGCCCCCACCCUAUCACCAUGCAAAACCUCAUCACAAUCAACUUCAACGAAGAGGAGACGUCAAAGGGCAAACAGAGAACUUGCCCGUCAUGCUUAAAGAUGCUCACAAACGCCUCCAAACCCAUGAUGACCAGAGAAUGCGGUCAUGUUUUGUGUCACAGUUGUGUUAAACAGUUCAUGAUCCCAUCGUCCAAAAGGACAUCUGCUGAGGAUGUCCCACCCCUGACCUGCUACGUCUGCGACGUACCUCUGACUUCUUCCAUGUCACAAAAGACAGAUACCGCCCCUGGCUCUUCGAUACCUGGCUUGAUAGCCCUCCAGUCCGAAGGGACAGGCUUUUCUGCUCACGGAGGAAACACCGUGGAGCGAUCAAGCGUCGCUUUCCAAUGUUGA